GCUAAUCCAUGGAGUCGCGGAGACUUUUCGGAUCGCUUCUUCUCAAUGCAGCUGUUGGUCGUCGGUGGGCUGGAGGAAGGCUCCUUCCACCUGAGUUCCUGAAGGCGUAUGUUCCAAAAAUCGACACCAAGUCCCUAGAAUCUGUUCAGAAUAAAGUGGCACCUGCUCCCGAACCAUUGCAUCCCAAGGACGUGCAGCAUGGACGUGAAUUACCACGUCUCUAUCAAGAACUAUUGCCACACAAUUUGGAUCCACGAUACCGGGACCGACUCCGUGAGCGUCUAGAAAGGCGUGAGAUGAUGCUUCGUCGUCGAAAUCUUGUAAUUCCAGAGUUUUAUGUGGGUUCCAUUCUAUCGGUGACAGUGGCUGAUGCAUUUGCUCCAAAUGGUUCCCAUCGAUUUGUGGGUAUCUGCAUUGAGCGUUGCAACGAAGGCCUUUGGACCACAUUCACUCUCAGAAAUGUGUUGGAAAGUACAGCAGUUGAAAUCAAAUACGAAUUGUACAAUCCAACCCUGCAGUCUAUCGAGGUGCUAUUGUUGGAAAAACGUUUGGAUCAGAAUUUGCUCUACUUGCGUGACGCACCGCUGCAAGAAAGUCGUGUGCCCUUUGAUAUGACACCGGUCCCCCAUCCACGAAAUGCUCCAGUUCCAGUUAACACUAAGAAAGUGAAAUUGCUCCCACCUCCUUGGCACUUUCAGUGGUUUCUGCAUGGCUACCGUGGCAUAGAUGAGAGCAUGUUUGAGUAUCUGACUCCAGAACAGCUGAAUCAGAUCAAUGACAAAGUGAAUCUAGUGGAUCGUUAUGAUCUGAUGAAAAUGUACAGAACUAGACCUUCUUUGGAAGAUAAGCAGGUGGCUUUUGGCCACGUACAUUUGCACCAUCAAGAUCUUGUCCGUUUGCACGAACAGCGUAGACAUUCGAUGGAACAUCGAACUCCGAAAUCGUCUUCCGCCGCACCCAUCCGCGAGAGCGGUUAACUGUUGCUCUACCAACACGCACUGAUUCAGCGUACAUUUGUAAAUAAAUGCAUUAUCACAGCCG